GUCAGAAGCGAACUUUUGCGAGUGAUGGAAGACACUGCCUCUUCAGACCGGUGCCCAAAAAUAAAAUAAAUAAGUAACUAAGAACUCAGAACUAAGAACUCAGAACUGAGAGCAGGAACAGCAAUAAUAGUAACAAUUAAGAGCAGCCACACACGGUGAUUUUCACAAGAUUUUCAUUAGAUUUUCACUGGUUGCUCCCGUAAUUGGUAUUUUAUUUUUGCGUUUCUCAGCGCUACUGCCGAUUGUUGCAUUCCAGUAAUCGGUGAUUGCUAUUAAUCCGUGUUAUUGUUGUUGUUCUGCGUCCAAAUUAAUUUGCUUUGUUUUUGUAAAAGUGCAGUGAGAAAAGUGCUAAACAAUUAGGCAUCCGCAUAACUGGCGAAUAAAAACAGGAAGCUGCACUUUUUUUUGGGCAGUGCGUCGUCCAUUUUGUCUGUUGUGCGUGUGCCAGUGUGUGUGCGUGUGUGCCUGUGUGUGUGACUGAGUCCGUUUCCGGUCCAGUCAAUCAACAGCAACAGACUUGCUUGUAUUUUGCAUUCGCAUUUGGCCAAAACGCAGGACCACAAUAGCCCUAAAUCUGCCGAAUUGUAGCGAAGCGAAAGAAAACGAAAUAAAUAGGAAAAACGCGCGCAACAGAAGCCACGCCACGCCCCCCGCCCCCAACGGCACCCUCUUCCUCCUCACGAGCGGAAGCAAAACAAAGGGAAAACAGGACAGCAGACAAGGAGCAAAGGAAGCGAAAGCAAGCGAAAGGAGAACAAAGCAAGCAGCCGCAAAGGAAACGCAUAUGAGCUGAACGGCAGGAUAUAAACCCCAAAAAAAAAACGACCAAUUUGCGAAACCAAAAGUCUUGAGAAUAUUCAACUGCUGCUGCAAACCGUAUGACUGAUUUUUCAAUUUGAGCAAAGCAUAGCGAUUACCUACCUAAGAACUUUAUACCAGCUUACAACUACGAACCCAUACUCGUAUACACCCGGAUAUCCAUUUGCGUAUUUGAAUGGCACGGCAAUAGCGCCGAUUAUCUAGGAUCACAUAUAGUAGAGCGCUAGCAAACGGUCCCGUAGAUAGUUUUUUGUACUCAAACCGAUCUAGCCGAUUUAGCCUGAAAGUAUCUACAUAUAUACAUACGUACAUAUAUCCGAUCUGAUCCGAUAGAUAGGAACAGGAACAGGAACAGGAACAGGAGGAGGAUCGGCGGAGGAGCGAAAGGAAUGCAGCGGUGUCCCUACAUUCAUGAGAUGCGCGAAAGAUUACUGGACCAGCCGCGGGAGACACUACAACUGGAGAACAUGGAGCGGGCCAAUCUGCUCGACAACCGCCAAUCGGCAUCCGAAUCCAACCAGGUCGGCACUGUGGUCAAGCUGCAGGGCGAUGGCUACCACACGAGUCCUGCCCACCAGCGUACUCCACUAGUGCCGCACGAUCUCGGCGAGGACUUCAAUUUGGAUUUCGACGAUGAUUUUCCGAUCGAUGCGCGCCGACCGAAAAAUGCCAACGACAAACAUCCAGCGGUUCUCACGCGCCCACAGCAAAGGGUUUGCUACACGUUCAAGCCAAAUCCAAAUAAGUACAGUUUUAUGCCAGCGAAAAUAACGGUACAGGGCACAUAUGAAACCAAUCCGAUAACGGGACCCAUCGAACUAUGGACAUCGCUGUUCAUCGUGACCAGUCUGGUGUACGCGAUCCUACUGAUCGUCGUGUGCAUUGCCUACGUAAUCAGCGAUGUAACCACCCACCGACUGCCGGUUUUGUACUACGAGACAUUCUUCACAUAUCUGUACGGCGUCAGCAUACUCUUCCUUCUCUACGUCUUCUGUUUCCUGCUGCAGGAGAGCUCUUGCUGCAACGGCGGCAAUGGUGGCAGCAAACCGAAACCCCAGCCCAAGGAGAAGAAGUCGAAGAAAGCCAAAAAUGCCGAUCCGGCCGAUUCGAAGGACGCGAAGGGCUCCAAGGACUCUGGCAAGGCAGCCAAGGGCGCCGCAUAUCAGCACACACUGGCCAAGUUUCUGGAGGCACCUGUGGACGCCGAGGUGGCCGUCACCCCAAAGAAUGUGCGCAAGCGCAAGACAACCCAUAGUGAUCUGACGCACGGCAGCUUCUUCCUGCGAGUGGGUGCCAUUGCUUUCGGUUUGGGCGCCAUGAUCUACAUUGGCCUGGAGUUUGGCUCGUUCUUUGAGAUACCCUUCGAUUCGCCGUGCCAUCACAUCCUGAUCGGCGUGAAUCCGCUGCUCCAGAUGAUCUUCACCUUCAUGCAGAUGUACUUCAUAUUCAUGAAUGCCCGGCUGAACAUCCACCGCUUCAAGGUGAUCGCCCGCUUUGGCCUGAUGCACGUGGUGGCCACCAACAUUUGCGUGUGGAUCCGCACGCUGGUUAAGGAGUCGCUGCUGGAGAUCACGAUCUAUCAUCAGAAGAACGAGCCGGAGGCCGGCGCCUCCUCCAUAGCCCACUCCAUCCGGCAGCAUGCCCUGCGGCACGCGGGCACCGUGCUGCGCACCCAUGCGGGACCCAACAGCGAGUUCGAGGUGCUCGAUGGCGAGGACAUACUGCCCAAGGAUGUGUACAAGAGCGACAAUGUGCUGUCCAAGCUGGUGCGCAAUACCGUCGAUGGUAUUUCGAAGAGCCUGGGCAUGGGCGGCGACCAGGCGAUCGCCAGCACCACUGGCGGCAUCAGCACCACGACGACGACUACGACAAGGGCACCGUUCACCACACCGAACUACCAAUGGCACAGCACUACUAUGGCCCGCAAGCUGAAGAAGUUUAUCACCAGCGCCACCACCGCGGCCACAACGGCGGCGGGCAGCAGCAGCACCGCCAGCAGCACCACCAUAUCACCGACCAUCAGUAGCACCAACAUUCCGUCGACCACCAUCAGUAGCACCACCAUCACAUCGAGCCCCACCUUCAGUCCAUUUAGCCCAUCCACCACCACCACCACCACCACCACCACCACCGCUGCCGCCCUGAAUCUCGAGACCAGCGGCAGUGAAUCGCCCUUCGGCGGCCUGCAGCGCAUCCUCUCCAGCGCUGCGCCGCCGAGCCUGGCGCCAGUCGACGGGUUCGGUUCCGCUUCCGCUGCCACGCCAGUGGCCAGUGCCGGUUCCUUCGUAGACAACUUCCUGGCCAGCACACUGAGCCCGGCCAGCAGCACCGAGGGCUCGGCCAGCAUCAUGAACAACCUCUUCGGCCAGGGACCCAUGGAGAACAGCUUCCAGACAUACAGCGAUCUCGGCCACGAGGAGGCCACCGGUCUGGUGAGCUUCGAGAAUCUGGAGAGCCUAGACAACAUAUACCCGGCGGCGCUGUCCUCCAAUAUCGGCACACUCAACUCCACCGCCUGCGGCCGCAUCGACAUAAUGGGCACCAUUGUCUACGAUUCGGCGCCCUACCUCUAUCCGUUCAUCAUCGAGUAUUCGCUGAUCGGGGCGGUGGUGUUGUAUGUCAUGUGGAAGCACAUCGGCCGCUAUCCGGGCCGCAUGAACGACGAGGAUCUGGAGCAUCGGCUGGAGGUGAUGCUAUCGCGGCGAGCGGUGGCCAUGGCGCAGCAGGCGCGAUCCGGACGCGUCGACUGCGUCGGCUCGUCGAAGGGCCUAUUCUUUGGGCUACUGCUGCUGGUCGGGGCCCUCAUCUGCCUGAUACUCUUCUUCGUCUUGGUGCGCCAUCAGCAGUUCUCGCUGUUGGCCAUUUACCUCGCCGACGCCAGCCACUGCAUCCUGAUGGCGUUCGCCAUACUGGCCAUUAUUGUGGGAUUCAUCAGGGUCAAGAACCUGAAGUUCCGCUGCGAGGAGCAGUCGAACCUGAACGACAUCUUGCUGCGCAUCUCGGCCUUCGGCCUGUUCACCUACUCCGUGUUCAGCAUCAUUGCCGGCAGCUUGAAGGUGCUGGAGAGCGAGCCCAGCCUGCUGGUGACGACCACCGGCGGCGUGGCCGUCUUCCAGGUGAUCCUGCAGCUGCUGUUCAUCGCGGACGUGUCCCGCCGCCGCGUCCACCUGCCGGAGCACGAUCGGAGCAAGCCGGGCCGCCAGAUUGUCACGUUCCUUCUCAUCUGCAACGUGGCCAUGUUCGCCAUCUACACAUUCGAAGCUCAAAAAGUAUUCGCCAAUCCUGUUCAGCUGGAGUUCUACGGCUUUGUGCCCUGGUCGAUCAUCCAGCGCAUCACACUGCCGCUGUGCAUCUUCCAUCGAUUCCACAGCGCCGUGACACUCGCCGAGAUCUGGAAGACCACCUACAAGGCACGCCUGGAGUAAGGCGUUGGCGAUAGCGAUGGCUGGUUCCCGAUGGUACCCGAUGUCUAUAUAGGCCGAUGAUGGGUGGGAGUUAUGAAAAUGCACCAAAAACCGAAAUGUAGCGAGCCCAGAACGCAAAAGUGAAGCAGUUAGGUUCUAAUUACGUACUAAACAUAUAUGCAUACUACACAUAAUAUAUACAUUAGUGCAGAAUAUGUACGAGAGCAUAUUAUGAGUUUUUUGUUUGAGGAAACCAAAGCGUAACGAAAUGAGUGACGAAACGAACGAACCAAUCGGACCAAACUGCGCGAUUAACAAUUAACGAUUGCCAACCGACAACGAUUGCAGGUCGCUUCUUCAUUUCCCCCCACCCCACUUUUCUUCUUUUUUUUUAUGUUUGUUUACUUUGUUAACUCGUGGAGAACUUAAGAACCUAAGAACUAAGUCAUAGCGUUUACAAUUGAACCGAAAACCUAGAGAACCGAUAACCACGGCACAUGUUUUUAAUCUGAGUUACGUAUUUAAUUUAGUUUAGUUUAGUUUUGGUCUCUAACACGCUGCAAUAUCUUGUUACUAAAUCGAAACUACAAGUUAAUAUUAAUUUCAUGAUUGUUUAACCAUUAUCAGCUUCGGCAACCGAAACCAAAAACUAAAAAAAAAAACGAAAUCGAUUAAAAAUUCACAUUACAAAUAAGAUGGAAAAUAUUCUGAAAACACAUAAAAAAAAUGGUUGUUUACUUUUCGCGUGUUUUUCGCGACUGCGAAUGAGGGAACUUCCCGCGACUAUACACUGAAACACAAAACAGGGACACUCAAUGCAAUGCCAUGAAGAACGCGGCCACAGGAAACGGAGACGAAACGGUAAAUGUAACAAAGCCCGGAAACGGAAACGAAAUUCGAUCUGAUCUGACUUUUCCACCAAUCGAGAACAACAACAACAACAGUAACAGCCGAACAACAACAAACUGUGAUGAAUUCAUAUGAUUUACUGGUAUAAUUUGCUACUCCAUUACAUUUCCCAAUUUUCCAAUUUCCCGAUUUUAUUUAACAAUUAAGCAUUUUCGUUUUUAUUCUCAGCCACAAGUCACUAACUGAGUUGACACAACUUUUGUAAGAAUUUAGAAACAAUGGCGCUAAGACAACUUCAUGGCCAAUUGUAAAAACAAAUUGCCCGAAACACCAUAACUAAAAACAAAAUAAUGCAUAAUAAAAAAACACAAAAACCAGAGAAAACAAAGAAAA